UUCUCAUCAUUCUCUGCAGAGUAAUCAUUGUGUAUAUCGCUUGAAAGUCAAGAACUACUUCUACCCUUCUCUCACGUCGCUGCAAGAUGAAAAUUGAACCGCCUCUUCUCAACUCGGCUAAUCCAUGGGCUACCACAUAUGAAGAUCUCCUUGCCCUAUACCGAUGUCCUUACACAGGAGCUGUCACAACACGCACGGCGAUGCUGCAAGGAUUUGCGCACGACGAUGCGAUUCAUAGAUACGCAUUCUUCAAUCCGGUGACUCAAGAAUCUCACCAAAAUCCUGAGGCCGAAAAUCUGCCUUCUGAACAAACGGCCAGUGUGAACAAUCUGGGCUACAGUCCACUCCGAUUGAGUGAAUAUCUUUCUUUCAUUAAACAGAUAUCCGAAGUCGCCAAAUCUGACUCUUCGCUUCGUAGAGACAAACCGUUCAUUGUUUCUGUGACAGGGACUGCUUCGGAUGUCGAAGUGUGUCUUGAGAGGAUUGCAAACACGGCGCAACAAGUAUCGAUGCCUCUUUUCAUGGAGGUCAAUCUCAGCUGCCCAAACAUUCCCAAUAAACCUCCUCCAGCAUACUCCAUAUCCGCCCUUAUACCAUAUUUAUCAGCAAUAUCAAAGUCGAAUGCAUCCGUAUCCAUUCCAAUCGGCCUAAAACUUCCUCCUUACACCUAUGCGGGCCAGUUUGAUACCUUGAUCACAGCGCUUGGUUCUAUGGAUCCCUGCUCUAUCUCCUUUCUCACCAGCACUAAUACUCUCGGAUCGUCCAUGCUGCUCUGCCCUAAAAGUGAACCGUCCAAAAAGGAUGGCUCUUAUGUGCCCGUACUGUCACCAACGUCCGAUACACAGAGCUGGGAUCAUUCUCUUCCUUCCGGUCUUGGUGGCCUCGCUGGUUCAGCGCUACACCCUCUGGCGCUCGGAAAUGUCUUCAGUUUACAACAAUUUCUUCGCAACCAUCCGACCCUAAAUAGUAUUCAAAUCAUUGGUGUCGGAGGUGUAGAGGACGCGGAAGGUUACAAGCGCAUGCGAAGUGUUGGUGCUUCCGCUGUCGGUAUUGGCACUGGUCUUGGGCGCUUGGGCAUUGGAGUCUUCGAGAAGAUUGUGAAAGCUUUGGAGGAUUAGUCAUUUCAUACCGUCAGACUGAUGCUUGGAUCUACGAUUCUUUCUGGACUUCAUCACGAAGCAUGGCUUAAGUUUAUCGCUAUUCUGCCAAACUUUCCGGUUUGACGUCGCGUCGUCUAGUAAAACGAUAAGAAGGAUCGUGGCUGGCAACAGAACGUUCAUUAUGUGUCUUGACUAUCUCGACGAGGUUUUGCGCUGCUGACGAUGUGUAGGCUGUGAUACGGCCAUGUACCAAGAGAUAAGCUGAUAUGGAUUCUUCUAACUAUACUUAAAAUGAACAAAUUUUUUAUAGUAUUAAUGAAAGAUAUAUUUAGAUUUAUAGAGAA